AUGCGUCCUGCUCUCACAGUGAAACAGUAUUUGGCGAGGACAUCACAGAUUCUUGUAGAGAGUUCUGCUCUCGCAGAAACAAAAUGUGCUUUUGUUGUAAUACUGUCCGCCAUUUACUGGAUAACAGAGGCACUUCCUAUAGCUGUGACGUCACUACUGCCGGUAGUCAUCUUUCCGGUCAUUGGUCUAAUGUCUGCUUCAGCCACAUCGUCUGCUUAUAUCAAUGACACUUCUAUGCUGUUUAUCGGCGGGCUCAUUCUGGCAGCAGCCAUCGAACACUGGAAUAUCCACAAGCGGAUCGCUCUUAAGGUUCUAAUUAUGGUUGGGUCUGAUCCUGCGUGGUUAAUGCUUGGUAUGAUGUUGCCCACGUGGUUCCUGUCCAUGUGGAUCAAUAAUACUGCUACAGCAGCAAUGAUGGUUCCGAUAUCCCACGCAGUCAUGGAACAGUUCCGGGAGGUGAAGGAGGAAGCUCGAAGUUCUCAGACACAACAAAAGGUGAGCUGGGACAAUGGAGCUGUAGAGCUCACUGAUGACGAAAACAGACAACGAAAUGAUUAUCACGAGUUACCUGGCUCGAACAUUUUCGAUGAAGAAGAGGUGGAAGACAACCACGAAAAAUCACAAUCCGCUGGUGAUGGAGAUUCGGAGUACCUCCGCCUCGGUAAAGCUCUUUCUCUCUCGGUCGCAUAUGCUGCCAAUAUCGGAGGAGUGGCAACUCUAACAGGCUCCUUCCCAAAUAUCAUCAUGAAAGGACAAACUGACUUACGUAACCGUGGGAUCUCGGACGAAAUUCGGGACGCCGGCAAGAAUAUUAAGAUAAUGCUACAGAGAGAAUAUAACGACAUGGGACCGAUGACGUUUGGAGAGGUGGCUGUUAUUGGUCAUUUAUUAGUUCUCGCAGUUCUCUGGAUCACGCGAGAUUUGGGAGGAAGUGGAGGAUGGGGUUUUCUCUUUCCACGUGGCAUGGUUUCCGAUUCAACGCCUGCCAUUUUGAUUUCCUGCUCACUUUGCUUCUUCCCGUCUCAACUUCCAAAGAUAUUUUGCUGUAAUACAGGACAGACAAAUGUGCCACAUACACUUCUGUCAUGGAAGGUUGCCGAAAAGAAUGUACCUUGGGGAGUUAUAAUUCUAGUUGGAGGAGGUUUCGCUAUCGCAAAGGGAUGUGAGGAGUCCGGCCUGUCCAUGUGGCUGGCAGACCAGUUGAUCGUCUUCAGCGAGUUUGAACCAUGGAUUAUGAACAUGAUUUUGUGUUUCAUCAUGGCGUCAGCCACAGAGAUAACCAGUAACACAGCGAUUUCUACACUAAUGUUACCCAUCGUCUCCCAACUGGCAUUCCGACUAGGUGUUAACCCCCUGUACUACAUGUUACCGUCGGCCAUCGCCACAUCGUUCGCCUUCAUGUUACCAGUAGCCACGCCUCCUAAUGCUGUUGUCUUCUCCUACGGAUAUGUCAGGGUCGUCGACAUGAUGACAGCGGGAUUUGUAAUGAACAUAGUAGCAGUCCUGGUUUUGGUAGCGGGAACGGAAACUAUCGGAGAAAUCAUUUUUAAUUUCCAUACUCUUCCGGUUGUUUUCAAUACAACCAUGGCACUGAACAUGACGGCUAAUGAAACCUGACUAUUAUGAUAGUAUAUAUACACGAAAAUUUUCGGUAAUACUUGUGUUUUGGAACUUUCACAAAGACUGCAUAACUGAAAUAAU